GAAGGAGUCUCCAGCGGACAGGAACUGGGUUCAAUCCGAAACUUAUGUUCGUCGGUCGUGGCUCCUGUUGGGCCGCUGCUGCUCACCUGAACUCACCUUUCCUCAAACUAAUGCCAUGGUCUUAUAGCGGAUUGACUCUCACAGGUGAACUCUGCUGAGCGGCAACAUGGCCAUCGCUCACGUGGCUACCGAGUACGUCUUCAGUGAUUUCCUGCUGAAGGAGCCGAACCAGAACCGGUACCGGAGCGCCCGCACCGAGCUGGUGGUGGACAAAAUGGUGACCUGUGUGGCUGUGGGGCUUCCACUGUUGCUCAUCUCUCUGGCGUUCGCUCAGGAAGUGUCCGUGGGAACUCAGAUCAGCUGCUUCGCUCCGUCAAACUUCUCCUGGAGGCAGGCAGCGUAUGUGGACUCCUACUGUUGGGCCAACGUCCAUGCACACACUCUCAAUUUGUGGUUGCACAAGUUCUUCCCGUACAUCCUUCUGCUGGUGGCUGUGAUGAUGUACACUCCGGCUCUCUUCUGGAGGUUCUCAGCGGCGCCGCUGCUGCAGUCAGACCUCAGCUUCAUCAUGGAGGAACUGGACCGGAGCUACAAUCGGGCCGUAAAGCUCUCCAAGAGCAUGGCUACCAAUGAGAGCACCGACCCGACCGAGGGCUGCUUCAACUACCCGCUGGUGGAGAAGUUCCUGAUGACCAAGCGCUGCAGCCGCGUGCUCCUCCUCCGCUACCUGCUGUGUCGGGGACUGACUCUGGUCACGCUGAUCAGCGCCUGCGUCUACCUGGGCUACUACCUGCGCCUGGCCACACAGGGCGACGAGUUUCGCUGCAAGCUGCGCGUGGGCCUGCUGGAGUCCGACCCCGGGAUCCCAGAGCAGGUCCAGUGUAAGCUGGUGGCUGUGGGAGUCUUCUUUCUGCUCAGUCUGGUCAACCUUGUGGUGUUCAUCGCUCUGGUCCCGGUGGUGUUCUACGCCAGCCUGCGCCCGCUGUUGUUCCACGGAUACGCCCGCUUCCUGGAGGCCUACCUGUCCCUGCCCACGGUCAGCGUCAUGCCCAUGCCUGACGGUCACUGGGACGACCUGUCUCUCUACCUGCUCUUCCUGGAGGAGAACGUCAGCGAGCUCAAGUCCUACAAGUAUAUCAAGUGUCUGCAGGUGCUGGAGCUGCUGAAACGGCGAGGGGAGUGCGCCGGGGAGGGCUUCGAUGCCAUGGGUCUGCUGCAGACUCUCGGCCAGGUCAAGAUGGACACGAUAGACGGGAAGAAACCACAGCCAGCCAAAGCCGACGAGUGCGACGGCGGCUCCAAGGGUCUGAACUCUGGAGAGUGUAGGUUGGAGAUGAGAGAACUGGCACCUCUGCUGACCGGGAACAGUGAGUCUGCGAGCAGCGGCGACGCUAACCUCCGGCAGCGAGCCAUGUGACCCACAUCCCCUCUCCUGGCCGGGGGUCGCUCAGAGAGUUCAGCGCACUCGAAUGUGUUUGGACGAAGAGACGAAAGAAAAUGUCUCGACCCUCGCAGCGUUUUAUUUAUUCACCCUGUUUGAGUCAGAAGAUGCUUUUUUUAGUCAUUUAUACAACACAAGCAUCUUUUUAUUCUUCUCAUCUUCAGUUCACAUCAAGUAUGAGAUGCUGUCAAGGGAGUGUCUUUGUCACCCCAGUCACUCCUCACUGUUUCAGUGUGUCCUUCUUUGCCUCUGUACAAAACAAGUCUUCGGGACACUCAACUGUAGAUAAUCCCUCUGAAAAGAUGCUUCUAAAAGAAGCUUCUAUUCACGAAUGGACCGAGCACUAAGACAAGGGGUUGUUUAAACGUGCGUGAUCGAUUUUCAUAAAGAGCAUGUCAUCUGAGCUCUGAUCCGUUUCAUCCAUAGAUCAGUGUUAUUUCCCGAUGGGAAUGUAAUCGCAUUUUCUGCUCAGAACCCGGCAAACAUCUGUGCUCCCAGUCCCCAGUUUCCCAGAGUGUCCCCAAGUGCCUGACAGCUCGGUUCAGCUCCAUCGCUCCAGGUCUGUCAGAAUCAGAGAAGCUCAUCAAAAAAAAGAUGCAUAAAUAGCUGGGAAUUCUUACAAAGGUUCAUAAAACACAGAAACACAGUCUUGCCAGUGAGCUGGAAUUCCCUCCCCUCCGACGCCUGAACUUCCGGAUGAGCUCUGAGGGUUUGUUUGGAGCUGGACUGAGAGGUUCACUUGGUGCUUGGCUCAACCUUGUUUUCAUUCAAGAGCUGACAGGGAAGCUGUUAUUUCAAAGCAAAUGGAUCUCAAACUUGACUCAUUUCAGCUGCUGACUCUGGAAGGUUGUCGGCGCGUGCAUGUGUUAACUUGUUAGUGGCUUGUUGAAAGGAAAAGCUGCCUCUUGCUGAGUGAUGUUUGGAGGAUCUCAGGGAUCUGGAUGUCUCACUGCAUCAAACAGGUUUAUGUAAAGUUUUUUUUCCGCUUGGGUACUUUGAUACAGUCACGAGUUCUCAGAUCGAGAUAAUAAUCAUCCGGGCGCUGCCUCUGACUUCAGCACGUUUUGUUUAUGUUGAGAUUUGUUAAGAUGUAUUUCUGUGAAAUAAUGCAGCGAUGGUGCAAUGGCUUCUGCGUGGAAUGUGUACUUUGUCAAAACUGUUUGAUACUGUUGAUAAAUUUGUGUGUUGGAAUAAUCGUGAUCAGCCUGGAUUUCUCCUCAUUUCUCCUCAACACCUUCAAGAUGCUCAACUGAAAACUAAAAUGUUUUAGCUGUGACUAAGCUGAGCUUCUCAAUAUAUUUAUCACAACAAUGUUUACAAUCGUGUACCUGAGACACAUGUUGAGAACACGAUGCAAUACAUUCUUGAAACUGACUUUCGUACCGUGAAAGUAUUUUUCAAGGACUUGCUGUAGCUUAUUUUGAAGGAACCGGAAAUGCUGCCAACUUUCAUUUUGAAGGAUGCGAAUAUACUCUGGCAUCUUUAAAUUGUGUUUAGUCUCAGUUUAUUU